GCCCCGGAACAGGCCGCCGCGCGCCGCGCUCCGGACCCGCAGCCCCCACCGGCCCGGCCGGGUCGGGCGGCCCAGGGCGGCAUCUUCCUAUUUCUCCCUGGCCACAGCCCUCCCUUCACAGUUCAGCACCUGUUUGCCUGAAGUUAAUUUCCAGAAGCAGUGCUGCUUCUUGCUCUACAGGAGUCCCCAGAGCUGGGCCAGGGGGAUGAACCGCGAGGGAGCUCCCGGGAAGAGUCCGGAGGAGAUGUACAUUCAGCAGAAGGUCCGAGUGCUGCUCAUGCUGAGAAAGAUGGGAUCAAACCUGACAGCCAGUGAGGAGGAGUUCCUGCGCACCUAUGCAGGGGUGGUCAACAGCCAGCUCAGCCAGCUGCCACAGCACUCUAUCGACCAGGGUGCAGAGGAUGUGGUGAUGGCAUUUUCCAGGUCGGAGACGGAAGACCGGAGGCAGUAGCUGCAAACCCCUUGGAACACCUUAGAAGCUGUCAAGAGCCAAGAGAUCGGUGUGGCUCCUCGGCCAGCUGAGUGGCAGCCCUCCCUCUCCGAGCCCCCACCCCACCCCACCACAUACCCCACCCCACGCCACUCAGCAGGGCUGGCAUCAAGGGAGACACCGUGGUGCGUUUAUGAUUGGCUUUAAGGGAUGGACUCGUGAUUGGCUGCAGGAAGAAAUCUUUUUAUUUUUAAAUCUUGACCAACGGAAA